AUGCCCUGUCCCGUCUUGCUGAUCUGCGGCUCUCUUCUCCCCUUGGCCGUGCGGGAGCCCCGCAGGCAGGCCUACCGCGCGUCCUCCCUUCUCGAGACGGCGCCAACACCGUCGGGCAUCGGGCUGGAUACGCAGGAAAAGCCCCUCCCCUUGGAGGAGCCGGCCGACGUCGUGCUGGUGGCGGCGGCGGCGGGGCAUGGGACGCACGACGUCAUCGUCGAUGUGUGA